CUUUAUGCUGCAAUGCUUUGUGACAAUUUGACAAAUGGAAUGGCGGAGAUGACAAAACUAAUAACGAUUAUCACUGAGUCUAAAAAUGCUGGCUGCCUUUAUUAAUGUGAAUAUAUGAGUGAAUAAAUGAAAUCCUUUGUUAACAGAAGAAAUGAAGAACACUAAAAAGACUUACAUUUCACAAGUGCGAUAUUAUUAUGAUUUGAUCGUUGAUGUUUACUUACACAAAGUGUAAUAUUUGGUAAAAUGUUUAGCGUACCAUAAUGAACGGUACCAACAGUCUUACGUCGUCGAGUUCAUUUAUAAACUCAUCUGAAACUUCCGAUAUCAGGACCGCAUCCAACAUGAAGGUUGAGAACAUAACUCGGGCGACUUCUUCAAAGGACAACACUCGUGAUAGUUCUGAAGACCUAUUGGAUCUAAAAGGAAAAGUAGAAUCAAGGUUGCUGUCGAUGUGGAAUAAUGUAAAAUUUGGAUGGACAGUUAAAUUAAAAACAACUUUUUCAAAGGAAUCCCCAGUAUGGCUUUUAGGUCGUUGUUACCAUCGAAAGUUAAGUCCAAGUGGAUCAUUGGAAUCGUCAACUGAAAUCGGUACCGAAGCAACAGCACAUGAAACUGUGGAACAAAUAUAUGGAGAAGGUAUAGAAGGAUUUAAAUCAGACUUUGUAAGCAGAAUAUGGAUGACAUAUCGAAGAGAAUUUCCAACCAUGGCUGGAUCCACAUACACUUCUGAUUGUGGUUGGGGUUGCAUGCUACGUAGUGGACAAAUGUUAUUGGCUCAAGCAUUGAUAUGUCAUUUUCUAGGCCGCUCAUGGAGAUGGUUACCAGACAGACCUAUACAAAAUGCUAGAGAAUUCCAAGAAGACUGCAUCCACAGGAUGAUAAUUAAAUGGUUUGGAGACAAGUCAUCUGUAAACAGUCCUCUUUCUAUACAUCAAAUGGUUAGUUUGGGUGAGACUUUAGGGAAGAAAGCCGGAGACUGGUAUGGACCUGCUUCUGUUGCACAUUGUUUGAAGGCUGUGAUGGCUGCAGCUUCUAAAGAGAAUUAUGAGUUUGAUAAUUUGGAAGUAUAUGUUGCACAAGAAUCAACAGUGUAUUUAGAAGAUGUAAACUCACUUUGCCGUCUACCAAACAUUGGAUGGAAAUCUCUUAUACUAUUAGUACCAGUAAAACUUGGCACAGACAAACUAAACCCAAUUUAUGGUCCCUGUUUGACAUCACUUUUGACACUGGAUUUUUGUAUAGGUAUAAUUGGUGGACGGCCUAAGCAUUCAUUAUACUUUGUUGGGUACCAAGAUGACAGACUUAUUCACUUAGAUCCACAUUACUGCCAAGAAAUGGUUGAUGUGUGGCAACCUAAUUUUUCACUACAGUCAUUUCAUUGCCGUUCCCCACGGAAGAUGCCUAUUAGUAAAAUGGAUCCAUCAUGUUGCAUUGGUUUCUAUCUUCCAACACAACAUGAUUUUGAGACCUUUGUCAAUGUCAUUAGAACAUUCCUAGUACCACAAGGAAUGUCUUCAACUAAUGAGUACCCAAUGUUUACUAUACAACAUGGAUCUCGUAAGAAACACAUGGAUCCACCUCAGAUACGGUACUCCAUCUAUGAAUCAGAACUCAACUGGACAACUGCAGCUGUGCAAGAUAGUGAUACAGAUUUAGAGUCAGAAGAAUUUGUUCUUGUGUGAUAUUUAUAAUUUAUACCAAAAUGAAAUUAGAUAAAUUAUGCUACUAAAUUGCUCUUUAAUUAGUUUAUUAUAAGUAAAGAAUAUGUUGAAUAUAAAAAAAAGAAUAUUAAAGUUAGAAAUCAAUGUGCUUUCUUGUUAUGAUUGAAAAAUUAUAUUUCUACCAUCUUGAAUGGAAGCUUUUACUGUAUGAAGGUACUCUUAAACCAAUUUCCAAUCAAUUCCACUACUUAUUUAAUAAUAU